AUGGAUGAGUUUGUGAUGGAUGGUGAUGUAAUGGAUGAGCUUGUGAUGGAUGGUGAUGUGAUGGAUGGUGAUGUAAUGGAUGAGCUUGUGAUGGAUGGUGAUGUGAUGGAUGGUGAUGUAAUGGAUGAGCUUGUGAUGGAUGGUGAUGUGAUGGAUGGUGAUAUAAUGGAUAGUGAUGUAAUGGAUGAGUUUGUGAUGGAUGGUGAUGUAAUGGAUGAGCUUGUGAUGGAUGGUGAUGUAAUGGAUGAGCUUGUGAUGGAUGGUGAUGUGAUGGAUGGUGAUGUAAUGAAUGAGGUUGUGAUGGAUGGUGAUGUAAUGGAUGAGCUUGUGAUGGAUGGUGAUGUAAUGGAUGAGGUUGUGAUGGAUGGUGAUGUAACGGAUGAGGUUGUGGUGGAUGGUGAUGUAAUGGAUGAGCUUGUGAUGGAUGGUGAUGUAACGGAUGAGGUUGUGAUGGAUGGUGAUGUAAUGGAUGAGGUUGUGGUGGAUGGUGAUGUAAUGGAUGAGCUUGUGAUGGAUGGUGAUGUGAUGGAUGGUGAUGUAAUGAAUGAGGUUGUGAUGGAUGGUGAUGUAAUGGAUGAGGUUGUGAUGGAUGGUGAUGUAAUGGAUGAGGUUGUGAUGGAUGGUGAUGUAACGGAUGAGGUUGUGGUGGAUGGUGAUGUAAUGGAUGAGGUUGUGAUGGAUGGUGAUGUAAUGGAUGAGGUUGUGAUGGAUGGUGAUGUAACGGAUGAGGUUGUAGUGGAUGGUGAUGUAAAGGAUGAGCUUGUGAUGGAUGGUGAUGUAAUGGAUGAGCUUGUGAUGAAUAAUGAUGUAAUGGAUGAGCUUGUGAUGGAUGUGAACUGGAUGUAA